AAAACAAAAUAAUAACUCAACUUCAAGUGAUACAGAAACAGACUCCAGAAAUUUAAGCAAUCCAAAAUCAGGGUGUCCACUAACAGGACCAACUACUUUGCGAGCACAUCUUGCUAAUAGCUGUAAAAAUAUUUCUGAGGAAUGGAAACACCAUUUUAAUUAUAUUUUAGUCAACAAUUUGGAAGAUAUUCCAACUGAUGAACCUCUUUAUGGCAUGCCAAAUACUACUUCAUUUUUAGUUAAACAAAAAAAAGCAAAAUUAACUAAUUGGUUUGAUUCUGUCAGAAUCGAGCCAUCUAAACAAUCAAUAAUUGAUGAAGCUAUUGCAUUAGCCUUUAUUAUGUGUGGUAUUCCUUUUUGUGUAAUUGAUAAUCCUUUUUUUGUAAAUGCUCUAAAACUUCUUAAUCCCGGUUAUGAA